AUGAAGUUUUUGAUAAUUUUUCUCAUAGCAGUAGUUUCGCUAACUCCAACAAUCUGCGCUAAUGAAAUAACCGCAGAACAGCUGAAAAUCGCUCAUGAAUUCGCAAAAAUCUUCAUCGAAUCCUAUAUUCCGAUGUAUAUUCGAAUGAAUUUACGCGAAAAAUUGAUAAAAUCAAUUUUCGAUCCACCAAUUAUGAAUAAGUUCAAAUUCAAGGAUUGCGAAGGGAACGAAUAUAAUUUGGAUGAAUUUGUGGAUAAUUAUUUAUUAGCUGGAAAAUUGGGAGAUAAUGUGACGAUCGAUGAAAAGGGAUAUGUUGGAAGGUAUAAUCGACAAGGUCAUGACUUUUUCCCAACUUAUUCCACACGUUUUCGAACAAGUUUGCGUAGUUAUAAUGUUAUGAUAACUCUUUCGAUUGCCACUUCAAAUUUACAGUUUUAUACGAUUUCUGCUAAUUGUUAG